CGAUAGUGUAGAGAACAGCACGAAUGUUACCUUACCAGUAGGGUGCUAAAGAAUAAUCAUCGAAUCGGGCCAACACUUGGGAGAAUAGGAAAAGCAAAAGUGUCACUUUGGAACCACCCGUUCAGCAUUACAUAUCGAUCAGGUUUAGACGGCAACAAUCGACAAUCGCCAACGAAAGGGCAGGCACAGACACGGCCAGCGCCAACAAACACAAUCAACAAAGAUCCUAAAUGAUCGCAAUCAACCCCAUCGGAAUCGCCUUUUUGGUGCUGUAUUUGUUUGGGUCGUUAUUUAUCGUCUAUUACUGCGCUUGCUCCAGUCCAAGCGACAGUGAAACUGCGUAUUUCAUGCAAGUUACGUUACCCGAUGUCCUUUGGAAUCGCUUUACACGUGUCUUUGGGGAGGAGCAUUUUAAGAACGGACCUAGUCAGUUUCUGGUAGUUACAUAUUUCUGUGUUGUUGGUGGAUCCUGGUCAGUUGUCUUCGGGAGAUUGUACCCAUGGUUGCUGUACGACAGUCCUGGUCUACCGAACACGCACGCAGUAAUUGGAGUCUUUGUCUUCUUCGCGUGCUUCGGAGCUUGGGCUAUCGCCAACGCCAGUCGUCCCGGCAUUGUCACUGCAAGGUCCUUUCGUCGAUACGAUCACUAUCCAUACGACGACUUGUUGUUCCAGACCAAUACCAAGUGUCAAACAACGAAAUUAUUCAAAAUUCCACGAUGCAAAUACGAUCGAAUGAAAUAUGAUGGACUUAUUCCCCGAUACGACCAUUACUGUGGGUGGACAAACAACACUUACGGAGAAGAAAACUAUCGUUGGUUUCUCCUUUUCUUGCUGCAGCACGUUAUUAUGUGCUUUUACGGAACUUAUGUUGCUUGCCUUUUGUUUCAAGAAGAAAUAACAACGAAGCGGUUAAUGGACAUGACGUAUUUUGAUCGUGCGACUGGUGAAAAAGUUAACGCAUCUAAAUUUCUGAUCUUCCAGUACAUGUUUGCUCGGCGGUCCAAAGAGAUUGGUGUGACACUUGUGAUGUUUCUGAUGGGAAUUGCCUUGACCUGCUUUUUGGGUUACCACAUUUAUAUAACGUCGAUGGGACAGACAACCAACGAAAACAGUAAGUGGGGUGACGUCAAAAAAUGGUACAAAGCAAAACAAAAGAUGCAUCGAGCCGCCGUUGAAGAAGCAAAAGUAAAUCCGUUUGAGACAAGUACCAACAGCGAGCGAAGUACGGAUAUUGGAAAUGCUCACGGUGAUUCGGAAAAACAAGAGUCACAGGAAUCUUUUGAUCCGGGUCCGAUUCCAAAGAACCUGUACAAUCGUGGCUUUGUCGAGAAUUGGAAAGAAGUUUUCUUCCCUCUGUCGCUGCGAAAGGAUGCGCUGGAACGGGGUGGAUACACCAAGGCAGCAAUAUUGCAACAAAAACAACAGCAACAGGAACGCAUAUCCAAAGAGGCAGAAUGUCCUACUGGUUCUUUGUGUCUCGCCGAUGGUGCGACGAAUUCUUCUUCUCCACGUUCGGACAAACCGAAAGAUGUUUGAGCGCAAACUAUAAAGUGAAUUGAUUCGAAAGCAAAUUGUGCAAUGCCCCAGAAGAAGAUGCUAGGUUGCAUUGUACGUACAGGUGAAAUCGAGGCGCCAAACCCAUUGCUAGACGUUCUCAGAGAACUUCAAAUUCCAAAACAGACUCAUCGUCUCGGUACGACUAUUGAUAGCCCUAUAUCAAUCAAUAAAGAGUCGCAUCUUCAGCAAAACGUAGGAAUAGAUCCAUAUCAAUGGUUCGAAUGAGGUAUUGAUCUACCAUCGACAGCAUUACCAAUUGAUUUGGAAAAAUGAAUCUUGAUUUCAAUACAACCCUUCAAUCAAUCUCGUGGGCCUUUGCCAAAGGCUAGGCGGUAGAGGAGGUCAUAAUAUUACUGUUUUCAUAGAGGAUUGGGCUUCAUAAAGUACUCCUAGCAUAGUCUUUGAAAUUUUACUAUUUUUUUGUUGCGCAGAAUGUUCCUCCCUAGACAAAACGAACGAAGUGCGAAAGUUAUGUUUUACUAUGAUUUUCUUUCGAAAGAACAUCAGUUCAUCCUUCUGUAACGAAUCUGUUAUAAAUACUACACGUAAAG